ACUGUUUAUUUACGGAUUAACAGCAUUAUUAUUACAGAGUUUUGCACAUAAUUAAAAAAAAAAGUUAUUUUCCAUAAAAAUAGAAUCUUUUUUUACAGUGCAGAGACACAGGGACAACAUGCAAACUACACACAGGACGACUGUGCGAACCACCACACCACAAUGCUGACACAUGUUGGUUUUCUAAAUUUGAUCCAAAACACACAAUGACCACAUUACAUUUCUAUCUGACAGUUCGGACCGAACAUCACAGAAUUUAGAUUUGUGGCCACAUGGCCAUGUCGCAUCCAGUGUUGGUGUUAAAUCCAGAGAAUCUGCGAUGGGCUGAAAACAUCAAUUACACCAUAAGAACAGAUUACAUUGAUUACCGUACUUUCCAAAGUGCACUGCAACCAAAGUAUAAUCAAGAACUAAACCAGUUGACCAAUUACUUCCUUGCCCUCAUCACAAAAAUGGGAAAUUGCUGUGAAAUAUAAACAACACGCUUAAUGUCACCCUCCGCCCUAAUUCCAACACAUAUUUAAUAUUGUAGGAGGUCUUUCAUAUUUCUCCAAUAUUUAAAAUGAGUGCGCGCCGACAUGAAUGUCGUCGUCGUCCCUCGGGUACGCGCACGUAGAGAAGCUGGAGGACAUGCGCUCGCCAGAGAGAGAGAGAGAGAGAGAGAGAGGCAAUGAGAGAACCACAGCCAUGAGGCUCGGUUCGGAGAGUUCUAGCACUGUCUUCACACAUGUGUCGAUUCGGCGGGGAGCAUGUCGGACCUGAUCCCGUAUCACCUCUCUUCUCUGCUUCGGGUGCGGCGGUCCGGCGGCCUGAGGGCGCAGCGGAGCCGACAGGAGACCACGCAGCUCGGCCGAUGUGUGAACGUGAAUCACGCUUCGCCUCUGACUUGAUUGACGGAUGGUCGGUGAGGGGGGGGGUUGCUUUCGGAUGUGAGCCAACACCAUAAGGGCGCAGGGUCUAGUUAAGCAACAGGAGGGGGCACUGCGCCAUUUGAACUUGGAUUUGUGGCGGAGAUAGACGUGGAGCAAGGUGUGAUCGUGGGGGGGAUCACCAGGUUGGGGCUGCUGUGCGCCGGGGGUCUAGGGGCCGUAGCCUAAGUGGGAGGGGGGUGGUGGGAGAGAAAAAUGCUGCCUUCGCAAGAAGCCUCCAAAAUCUACAAUGACACCUACAUGCGUAACUCCAGCGCCAUCGGGGUCCUUUGGGCCAUCUUCACCAUCUGUUUGGCCAUCAUCAACGUGGUGGUCUUCAACCAGCCCUACUGGAUAGGCGACAGCGCCAGCACCCCGCGCGCAGGCCACUUCGGCUUGUUCCACUACUGCGUGGGCAUCGGGAACUCCGAACGGGAGCUCUCGUGCCAGGGGAGCUUCUCCGAGUUCGGUUCCAUCCCGUCCAGCGCCUUCAAGACGGCCUCCGUGUUCGUGCUGAUGUCCAUGGUUCUCGUCCUCGGCUGCAUCGGCUGUUUUGCCCUCUUCUUCUUCUGCAACACCGCCGCGGUGUACAAGACGUGCGCCUGGAUGCAGCUGCUGUGCGCCGUGUGUCUGGUGAUUGGCUGCAUGGUCUUUCCAAACGGCUGGGACUCAGAGGUGAUCCGGGACAUGUGCGGGGAUGACACCGGGAGGUACGCCCUGGGCAGCUGCUCGGUGCGCUGGGCCUACAUCCUGGCCAUAAUCGGCGUCUUGGACGCGCUGAUCCUCUCCUUCCUGGCCUUCGUACUCGGCAACCGGCAAAGCGACUUCCUGCAGGAGGAGCUGGAGGCUCAUAACAAGGAUGUUGCUGUCUCAAGGAUCGAGAUCCGGGACAGCAGGGAGCCGGGCUUUGGAGUCCAGCGGUUCCAGCGGUUCCAGUGAGAACCAGCUCCCUCCAUCCGUUCCUCCGCCCGCCUUCUCGUCUCUACAAAGCUUUUCAGACUGAACCCUCAAGGCCAAACUUGGGGGUUGGAGGAGGGAGGAUUGGGGGGGGGGGGGCACCCGACCGAGCCAAACCCUCUUUAAGAGGGAUGAGAUCAAUGAACACACAGCGUUCCUGUCUCAUAAGACAGACUUUAGUUAUUAAUAAUGUUGCUGUGCAGAGGGUGCAUUCUUUGCAAAUACCCACAUUAGUAUUUUCAUGACUAUUUCCUCCUCUAAACGUUAACAUUAUAUGGUGUGUGUCUGUGUGUGUCUGUGUGUGAAAGCACGCAGGUGCUACUUCUGACAAAACCAAAAGAGAAAAGAAGAGAAAAAAAGAUGGUUUUGUGUCAUUUCGAAGUCUUUUUCAGGACACUUUUCCACUGCUGUUUGUAUAAGUCUGACCCCAGCAACUGCAAAAAGACCACGUGUGUGUAAGAGAGAUGCUUUUAGAAUUUAAAAAAGAGGGUAAAAGAAUACAUGUUAAAGCAUUUCCUCUGUACAUGAUGCAUCCCUGUGUGUGUGUGUGUGUGUGUGUGUACUGUGAGCCACCGUCCUCCUCUUCUUCAUCUGCAGUAUAGUGCCCUGAGUUGUUCAAUCCCUCCCCACGCGCGCUGGUUCUGGCGUGGUUCUGGCGUGGUUCUGGGAAGGCGCGCUGACGCAGCGAGGCCACUUUUUGUAGAUGAGUUGCGAUCAACACUCAUUGUUUCUACACACUGUUCACACACACAAAGCUUAACAAAGCAACACUGACCUUACAGGAAAUGUUCCAACAGACCACCAGCUUUACAGCGUUCUCAAGACACAUUUUAGCUUCCUGUCUUGCAAUUUGGAAAAAUGUGCUAACUCACAUUAGCUUUAGCAUCGCUGGCCAGUGGAAAGCGAUUCUUCCCAGUAACCCACCCGCCCUGACAGGUCUAAUCUUCAUCAUUGUCUGAAGCUGUUCAGGUACGUGGACCCUUCACAAAACCUUUGAACCGAGGAAAAUAGGGUCCUGAAGUUACAAAUGUGCCUGCAGAUAAAGCUGCUAUUGCUGAGAAUAGUUCCUCAGGUGUGAACUACAAACCGGAUCGGUCUCAUGACAUUUUGUCAGUCAAAUCUUUUAAAUUGACAUCUAGUGGUGAUUAUUCAUCAAUAUGGAGUCGAGUUAAACCUCCCGUGCCUGACACACUGAUAGUUACGGCUGAUGUGUUCUGUAUCAUCUCUUCUUGAAUCUGCCUCUUCAGAUGCUCGACAUUCUUCACCAGCGAAUAACUUUGAAACGGGCUCCUGUCAAGUUUCAGGUGAGAUGUUAGUUUCUCCAAAUAGAUGGUUUCAUCUGAGGUUAAAACGUGUCAAAUAAUCCAAAUACUGGACAAUAAAUAAACAUUACACACAGCUUGUGAGUACAGUUAUUAAUACCCGGCUCCUACGGUUCUUACUCCAUCUCUAUUAUCGUCGCCUUUUCUUUCCUUUCUGGCCACAAAUGUACUUUCAUUUGCUCGUUCCGUUGUGCACUAUGAAUAUUUGACCUUUAAAUGCAAAUGAGUGCUUUUCAGUGUGCUUCUUUGUCACAUGGUUUUAUUCACACUGUGCUGUUGUGAUGUUAUUUUUGUGUGGUUAUGGGAUUGUGUAAUAAGCCACCUUAUCAUUAUUGGUGUUUUAUAAAGAAAAUAAAUGAAUAUUGAUCACUUA